AAUUACGGUCUCAGGGCCGAACGGGAGGUCGAGUGAGGGCCGCGACAAAGUAUAUAUUGCAGGGAAGCGAGAAGCGAGGCACAGUUCGGCUCUCCCCUCGGCGCAAUGAAGACCCUGGUCGUGUUGGCAGUGAUGAUGGCGGUCUCCGCCCGUCAGGCCUCAGGCAGCCCCACCUACGGCCACGGCCACGGCUACGGUCAGCCCCGCUACGUGGGUCCGUUGGCCUCGAGCGUUCCUGCUGGGAUCGGUGGCAAGAUCAUCCCCGUCUCGGACACUUACGAGGUGGCGGCAGCCCGCGACAAGUUCUUCCGGGCCUACCAAGACCAGCUCAAUACCAUUUAUGCCAUCCGCGCCAGCCGCCCCAAUCAUUACGACACCCAUGGCCAUGGCCACUCCACUCACGGCGCUCCCGUGCACGCGUCCCACUCCACUCAUGGCGCUCCCGUGCACGCGUCCCACUCCACUUACGGCGCUCCCGUGCACGCGACCCACUUCACUCACGGCGCUCCCGUGCACGCGUCCCACUCCGCUCAUGGCGCUCCCGUGCACGUGUCCCACUCCACUCACGACGCUCCCGUGCACGUGUCCCACUCCACUCACGGCGCUCCCGUGCACGUGUCCCACUCCACUCACGGCGCUCCCGUGCACGUGUCCCACUCCACUCACGGCGCUCCCGUGCAUGUGUCCCACCCGGCUCACGCCUCCCCGGUCCACUUGUCUCACUCUGCUUAUUAACCGGCUGUCCACUUGUCCCACUCUGUUCAUAAGCCUGCUGUGCACGUCUCCCACUCCACCCAUGGUGCUCCUGCUGUGUCAGUGUCCCACUCCGUCCACGACCCUGCCCCGGCAGUGACCCACGCCGCAUGGAACCCCU